ACCAGGCAUCCAUGGGCCACCAAGAAGACGCUUUGUUCUUCUUCUCUCUCGACCACCCAGCUCAGACAUCUCGAGCAGGGGCCAUCGACUGCGAGCCUCCGCGUCGCAGGAGGAACAAGGCGCGCUGCGGCCUGCUCGCUGCCGACGCGAAGAAACGGCGACUGAACGAUGAUCAGGUGAAGCUGUUGGAGACGCGGUUUGAGGAGGAGAAGAAACUGCAGUUCGGCCGGAAGUUGUACCUCGCCGCUGAGCUUGGGCUCGAUCCCAAGCAGGUCGCCGUCUGGUUCCAGAACCGCCGGGUGCGGCACAAGAGCAAACAGGUGGAGGAGGCCUACCUCGAGCUCAAGUCCGUCCACGACGCUACCCUUCUUGAAAAAUGCCACCUCGAGAAGGAGGUGCUGAAGUUGAAAGAUAAGCUUCUUGCGGCUGAAGAAGAGCUUAGAAGGCUUUCCCUCUGUGGCACCUGCCGCGGAACCGGCAGCGGCGAGCUGACCGGAAGUCCAAACUCAUCGACUUUAACUGACCAGCCCGCAGUGUCAGAGUUCGGAACGAUGGAGGAAGAAGCAGAGCUGAUGUUCCUACCGGAGUAUGAUUGCUUGAUGGAAUGGGGGUACAAUUUCUAUGGCAUGUGAAGAUCGUUGCUAGUUUUUGCUUCGUUUGCAUCAUGUGAUUAAUGAUUGUAAAUUACCCGAGUCCCUUAAGCAAAUCCUAGCUGUUCUCCUUACUGACAACGACUGUGUCAAGUUUUGGGGUGUGCGCUUAAUUAUA